CCCAGCUGGAGAAACCGGCCGGACGGGCCCUGCCGCUCCGCACUUGCUGCCCUCGCCGCCCCGGAUGGAGGCGGACGGAGACCCGGAGCAGCUGGCCCGGCUGCGCGCCGUCUUCGCUGCCUGCGACGCCAACCGCUCGGGGCGCCUGGAGCGCGAGGACUUCGCCGCGCUGUGUGCGGAGCUGCGCGUUCGGCCGGCGGAGGCUGAGGCCGUGUUCCGGCGCCUGGACGCCGACGGGGACGGGGCCGUCACCUUCCAGGAGUUCGCGCGCGGCUUCCGUGGGGCCCGCGGCGGGGCCUGGCGCCCGGACCGGGGCCCCGAGCCCGCGAAUGACGAGGAGAAACUGGACGACCCCGACGCCGCUUGGAGCCUGGACGCCAGCGGGCGUCCCGGGAGCCCGGGCCUGGCCUGGCGGGACUUCCAGGCGCGCCUGGGCGAGGAAGCCGGGCUCAUCCCCAGAAAAGAGCAAGUUAGUACCCUGUAUCAGAACAUCAACCUCGUGGAGCCAAGACUAAUCCAGCCCUAUGAACAUGUGAUAGAGAACUUUAUCUGGGAGAUCAAACUUCAGAGCACAGAGAUGGAACACCUGGCCAUUGCAGUGAAGAGAGCCCAGGACAAGGCAGCUAUACAGCUGAGCGAGUGGGAAGAGGAAAUGGAUCAGAGGAUUCAGGCUGCGGAACACAAGACCCGAAAAGAUGAAAAACGCAAAGCUGAAGAAGCUCUCAGUGACCUCAAACGUCAGUAUGAAACAGAAGUAGGAGACCUGCAGGUGACCAUUAAAAAACUAAGAAUGCUUGAAGAACAAUCAAAGCAUAUAAAUAAAAAAGAAGAUGUGGCAGCAUUAAAAAAACAAAUUUAUGAUUUGUCAAUGGAAAAUCAGAAAAUUAAGAAAGAGCUUUUAGAAGCACAGACAAACAUAGCCUUUCUUCAGAGUGAACUGGAUGCUCUAAAAAGUGAUUAUGCUGACCAGAGUCUGAAUUCUGAAAGGGAUCUGGAAAUAAUCCAAGAAUACACAGAAGAUCGAAAUAGUCUUGAGAGGCAAAUUGAAAUACUCCAAACAGCUAACCGGAAGCUCCACGACAGUAAUGAUGGCCUUAGGAGUGCCCUGGAAAACAGUUACAGCAAACUCAACAGAUCCUUGCGCAUAAAUAAUGUAUCACCAGGGAACACAAUUUCUAGAAGCAGUCCAAAAUUUAAUGGUCAUUCUCUUCAACCUCUGGGCUAUGACAGGUCGUCCCGCUCUUCCUAUGCGGAUGAGGACUGUGAAUCACUGGCCCUCUGUGAUCCCAUGCAGAGGAUGAAUUAUGAAGUCGACAGCCUGCCUGAGAGCUGCUUCGACAGUGGCUUGUCCACCCUAAGGGAUUCCAAUGAGUAUGACUCAGAAGUGGAAUUCAAGCACCAGAGGGUAUUUCAGAACUCACAUGGGGUGCAGGAGAGUUCUGGGGGCGACGCUUCAGACGCAGAUGUUCCUGAUAUAAGGGAUGAAGAAACAUAUGGUACCAAAAGUGAGGCUUCCGUUGUGGACUGGAAACCCCCUGGGUGUGUCAGUGAAGGCAGCACUGUCACCUCCUCCAGGAGGCCCAUCUCCGCUCUCUCAUCUCAGGCAGACAUGGAAGGGGACAGUUCCAAAGCUCCGAAAUCACAGAAGGCCUACAAGAUUGUGCUUGCUGGGGAUGCAGCUGUGGGGAAGUCCAGCUUCCUCAUGAGACUUUGCAAGAAUGAAUUUCGAGGAGAUACAAGUGCCACGCUGGGAGUUGAUUUCCAAGUGAAAACUCUCAUUGUGGAUGGAGAACAAAUAGUUCUUCAGCUCUGGGAUACAGCAGGGCAGGAGAGGUUCAGAAGUAUUGCCAAGUCUUAUUUCAGGAAAGCAGGUGGUGUUUUGCUGCUGUAUGAUGUUACAUGCGAGAAAAGCUUUCUUAACGUUCGAGAAUGGAUGGAUAUGAUUGAGGAUGCAUCUCAUGAGACUGUUCCUAUCAUGUUGGUUGGAAACAAGUCUGAUCUUCGUGACACUGCUGCUGCAGAGGGACAGAAAUGUGUGCCAGGAUAUUUUGGAGAAAAACUGGCCAUGACGUAUGGGGCAUUAUUCUGUGAAACCAGUGCCAAAGAUGGUUCCAAUAUCGUGGAAGCUGUCCUCCAUCUUGCUCGGGAAGUGAAGAAAAGAACUGAGGAGGCUGACAGCAAGUCCAUCACCAGUCUGGCUGGGACCACUUCCAAAAAGUCAGCACAGAUGAAGAGCUGUUGCAAUGCCUAAAUGCUAAACACCCUCAGCUGUGAAGUCUUUCAUUUCCAGAAUACUGAAUGUUGUGACUUGUCUUUGCUCAUCCUACUGACACUGUCGUAUGAAGAAUUUACAGAGUGGUCCCUCUGUAGUCUCAAGUCCCCUCAAUCCCCGGCUCUCUUAGAUCUUCUUUGCUGUGAUCUCUGUGAGUGCUUUGGGCCCUUGGUCCUCACAGACUCUUCGGAUAUACCAUGUAAAUGUUUUUAAUGGAGUGAAAAAAAAAAUCACAUGCUUAUUUCAAAACCGUAGCCAAGCCAGGGAUUUAGCUCAGUGGUUCUGCCUCUUGCCUCACAAGCGCAAGGACCCGACUUCAAUCCCCGGUACCAAAACAAAAACAAAAACAAAAACAAAAACAAAAAACUGUAGCCAAAUCCCAUCAACAUAGUUAGACCCAUGAGGUAGCUGUCUUUGUAGUUAACAGUGUUUCCCAAAAAUAGUUGAUACUAGUAAAAGAGAGUAGUCAUUCUGUUUCACUGUUAACUAACUUAGUGGUCCUGGGCCUGUCACCAGCCCAUGCAAGGCCUGUUUUCUCUCUGUAGAACAGGCAGCUUGGCCUCAAAGGCAUUGCAGGGCUCAGCACUGCUUAGAUUCUGCAGCACUUUAAUCAACAGUUAAGUGCAGCACAAUGACCUACUAUUAAGAAGGACUCUGCUUAGUCCUGCCUUUUUUUUUUAAUACCGCAGUAUUGAUUUUUCUCACUUUUUUUCUCACUUCUGAAAUGAGAACAGAAUUCAAUUGAAGAAAAAAAAUGGUACUUUUAGGCUCUAGUGGUAAAAGAAAAAUCUAUUUUUACGUGUGAAAAAACAAGUUUGAAAAAAGUUUUAUAUAGAAGGGGGUACUUCAUAAUCUCAGAAUACUUACAAAGUCCACAAUUUAGUGUGGGAAAUUCUAAUGAAAAUACGUAGUCUAUACUACUGAAUGCAAUAUCCAGAACAAAAUCCCUUUUCACCUACAAAUACACACCCUGCAGGGGCUGUCAGAGGCUAAAGAAAGAGGGGAACUGGGAAUGACUGUGGAAGGGUGUGUGGGCUUUGGAAGAUAACGAGAGCAUUCUGGAAUUACAAUAGUGUUGACUGUUGGGCUCUUCAAAUAUAUGAAGAACCACUGAAUUGCCAGUCUUCCCCAUCAGUCAAGAUGUGUGUAGGAGCCGGAGGAGCCAGUACAUGACCCAAAGAUUGCCAGCAGUGCCUAGCUUUCAGUGACCUGAAUGAGUUAAGUUGUUCCCAGCUAUAGAUUUUUAACUUAUUUCUGUUCGUCCAGCUCCAGGCUCCAAGUAGCUUGCUAGAAAAACUUAAUAGCCUAUUAUUGGGUUAUACUAGUUAAAAACAUUUGUUUUUGUUGAAAAUUAGAAGAAUUCUAUGUAGCAAUCAUUUCCUUUUUGUUAUUUUCAUGGUCAAACUUUAAAUUCCUCAAGCUUUAUUUUUUUAAAAUGGAGAAUGACAAGAUAAAAGAGCCACAGCAUCAUUUAGCUUUUCAAAGCAUGUUGUUUUCUUCCUAUCAAAGACAUUUAGUAUUUUAACUGGAAAAUUGAAUCCUCAGUAACUCUACCAUGAAUUCUAGUUUUGUAUUUUAUGGUUUUUGUUCCCUGAAAAGAAAAAAACAGUGACAUUUCAAGCCAAAAAGCAUGCUUGCUUGUGGAAAAUUGUCAAAAUAAAUGUGCAAUGGGAGUGGUUCUUUUUGUGACACGUGGUAUGUAGAAGCCAAACCUUUGCAUUUGUUAUUUGUCUCUGUGGUGUAUAUCGAGCCCCGGUGAUGUUGGACCUAAUAGUAUGUAUGUAGGUUGAUAAAUGGAACACACGUCUGGGUUCUGGUGCAGGAAACUGUGUUAGGAUACAUGUUAUUUUAUUACUUUUAUUUAUUUCUCCAAAGUGUCUCGUUACAUGUGUUUCACAACCUGUAAAUAAGAGAGUACCUUUAAUGCAGAAGUAUUAGCUCGCUCCUUGCCUUUGAAUCGUCAGCACACCAAAUUGACGCAGAGAUCACCUGUGUGCCUUUGAUAGACAGACUGAUCAUUUUUAACUAAGCGUGGAUACUUUGCCAAAUUAGAGAUUUAUAUCUCUGGAUAGCAAUAUUGUAUAAAGAAAAGCUACUUAAAACUCCUUGAGCUGUCAUGCUGCGAGAUCAUGAUUAUUUAUCCACAAUUUGAUUUUAUGAAGGUGUUAUCAAAUUUAGGAUGCAUUUUUAAUAAAGACAAAAUAAUGUUUUUAACUUAGACUUAAUUUGAUAUAUGUACUUCAUUUGAUAUAAUUAUAUAUAUAUAUUUACAUGUUCCUAUAGAAGUAACUUACUUUGUCCCUGUUUUUCUCUAAAAAUUUUCAAAAUCACAAUUAUGCUACACUCCUUUUUUAUGUAUCCUGAGACAUUGGACACUAUUUUAAUUUGAUUAUAGAACAUAAUGUCAAGUAAAGAGGCAUUUUUUCACUGUUAACUUUAAGCCCUGUGUGUUUUCAUAAUUUAUUUUUCCACUUGCUGCUUUAUACAAUGUAUGUGACAUUUGAUUAUUUAAUACUAGAUGUUGUUUGCAUAAAUCCAAGCCACAUAGCCCCCUGCUGAAUAUAAAAUUGAGGUUAAAGAUAAAGAUUUAUUUUCAUAUUUGUACACUGGUUGGCUUCAUAGUGAUGGUUUUUAUGAGAUUUUAUUGUGUAUGUGUAUAAGAAAUUUCAUAUGUAUAUAUUAAGUAAGCCUCUGAGAAUUGAGUAAUUGUUUUAUGAUUUUGAUUUAUAUGGUUUACAUUUUCAUAGUUUGGGCCUGGUUUUGUUUAACUGUUUAUUUCUCUUCAAGCCAUUAGUAAUUAUAUCACGCAAUGUAAUUUUUAUAGCAAUGUAAUUGUCUAAGGAACUACAACUAUUUUAUGCUUUGUCAAUUCAAUAAAACAUGUUUCUUUUGGCUUUUUGCUCUUUC